UGAAACAUGGAUGCUACCAUGGAUGAUGAACAAGUUGUGCUUCCAGGGUUUCGGUUUCAUCCCACAGAUGAAGAACUCGUUUCAUUUUAUCUUCGGAGAAAGAUAGAGAAAAAGCCCAUCAGUUUUGAACUCAUCAAACAGACGGAUAUCUACAAAUACGAUCCCUGGGAUCUUCCAAAGAAUAGUAGUGUUACAGACAAGGAGUGGUAUUUCUUUUGCAAAAGAGGGAGAAAGUAUAGGAAUAGCAUACGACCCAAUAGAGUUACGGGGUCCGGAUUUUGGAAAGCAACAGGCAUAGACAAGCCCAUAUAUUCUGUUCAAGGACGAGCACAUGAUUGCAUUGGACUCAAGAAAACAUUAGUAUACUACCGUGGAAGUGCAGGAAAAGGCACCAAAACUGAUUGGAUGAUGCAUGAGUUUCGUCUCCCUGCAGACCAGAAAAAUACUACUCCUCACAAUGCCACGGCUGCUGAUGAAGAAGUUGAAAUAUGGACGCUUUGUCGGAUUUUUAAGCGAAAUGUGUCACACAGAAAGUCGACACCAGAUUGGAGAGAAACAUCUGCAAAACGCAAGCCAACAAAUUCAAGGCCUAAAACAGGCAAUAUGGAUUCAGAAAAUUGGGAAGGUUACAUAAGUUUUGGAGCUCCGGAGGCUCUGGAUAACGAGAAGAAGCUUUUUGUUGGUCACAAUAUGAAUGAAAGAAACCAGUUCCAUGUGGUUUCAGAGCCAGAGUCAUGCUCAAGUGUUUUGAGUGAUGAGGCUAGGGAGUUCUUAGUACAUGGCAACUGGGAUGAGAUUGUCUCAGCCAUGGACUCUGCUUUUGAUCCUUAUUAUUUUUAAAUCACUAUGCUAGUAUGAAUUUGGCUGAAUUCACCAUCCAAAAUCUGCAACUUUUAUGUUUGAAAAUAGAAUCUGUUGCUUGUUGCUUAGCUAUGUUAGGACCUCGCCACCGUUGUUCAUGGCGGUUUCAGUGCUCUUUCAUGUUAGGUCAGAAAGGCCGGAUGAUGAAGAAGAAAGGUAGUGAA